AUGUCAUCCACUAUUCCAACAACCAUGAAAGCCGUAGUAAUUGAAGGCAAUAAGCCUCUAUUUAAGGAAAACAUCCCCGUUCCAAAAUUACCAAAGGGAUUUAUGCUUAUAAAAGUUAAAGCAGUUGCUGGUAAUCCUACUGACUGGAAGCACUGUGAAUUUCAAUUAGGCCCUCAAGGAUCUGUUGUCGGUUGUGAUGCAUCUGGUGAAGUCGUUCAAUUGGGCCCUGAUGUUGAUCCAAGGGAAUUCAAAGUAGGUGAUCAUGUGUUUUCCUUUGUACAUGGUUCAUCUAAUUUCUGUCCAGAAAAUGGUGCAUUUGGUGAAUAUGUUGCCGUUGAUACUGCAUCCACUUUUAAAGCUUCUAAACCUUUGGUUCAUGCUACUAGCUCAACCAUCCCAUCUGGUACUGUCUCGACUUGGGAAGAUACCGCCAGUGUUCCAUUAUCGUUUACUACAGCAGGUGCAUCAUUGUUUCAUCAUUUCAAACUAAAGAUGGAAUGGGAACCAGCUCAACCACAGAGAGAUUUCCCGGUUUUGGUUUGGGGUGGUGCUACCGCUUUAGGCCAACCAUUGAUUCAAUUGAUGAAACAAAUCAAUGCCUAUUCUAAGAUCAUUGUUGUUGCUUCCAAGAAACACGAAAAGAAAUUAAAAGCAUUUGGUGCUGACGAAGUUUUUGAUUACCAUGAUACCGAUGUUAUCGAACAAAUAACUAGCAAGUAUAAUAAUAUCCAACAUCUAUAUGACACUGUAUCCAUUCCAGAAACUACACACCAAGUUUAUAAAUGUGCUGCUAAGAAUUCAUCCGCUAGGGUUCUUCAAUACAUGUUCAUGACUACAAAAGAUAUUGAUGAAAAAAUCAGAAGAGAUGAUGUAUCCGUUGCGGGUACUUUGAUCUACUGUGUUGGCGAACAUGAUGUUGAACUUGGUGGCUUAGUUUUUAAACAUGAUCCAACAUAUAGAAAAAUUGUUAGUCAAUUCAUCAAAUUUGUUCAACCAAGAUUAUAUGAAGGGAAAAUUAAGCAUGUAGAUAUCACUAUUUACAAAGGUGGCUUACAAGAGGUGCCUCGACUAUUAAAAGAUAUUCAAACUGGUAAAAACUCUGGCUCCAAGUUAGUUGCUACUUUAUAG